UUUUAAAAGGCAGUUGCCCCUAGUUCCCGCCAAACCACCCCAUCAAACCUCUUAAAAUUUCAGUAAACUCUCAGGAUACGGGAACAGAAACUGAAUGAGCAGAGCUUCCCUGGAGCUGGAGCGAAAGAUCCUCCGCCUCCUCCAUGGCCAGAAAACGCGAAAAACCCUCCGCGAAAUCCAUGCCCAUUUCCUCCGUCAAUGUCUUCACCAAUCCAACCAAAUCCUUUCCCACUUUGUCUCUGUUUGCGGUCACCUCAACAAAAUGGACUAUGCGAAUCUUGUGUUUGCGCAGACCCACAACCCCAACAUAUUGCUUUUUAACUCUAUGAUCAAAGGGUACUCUCUUAACGGUCCCUUUGAAGAAGCUAUUGCCUUGUUUUCUUUACUUAAAACUCGCGGGAUUUGGCCAGAUGAAUACACGUUUCCGCCAUUGCUCAAGGCGUGUUCGGGUCUUGGUGAUGUAAGAGUCGGGCAAUGCACUCAUGGGGAAGUUAUUAAAUCUGGGUUCGAGCGUUUUGGCUCGGUUCAGAUUGGGGUUGUGGAAUUAUACAGCUCUAGCGGGAGAAUGGAGGAAGCAAAGAAGGUGUUCGAUAGAAUGUGUCAAAGGGAUGUGAUAGUUUGGAAUUUGAUGAUCCGUGGGUUUUGUAAGAUAGGGGAUGUUGGUAUUGGGUUAAAUUUAUUUAGGCAGAUGAGUGAACGGAGUGUAGUUUCAUGGAAUUUGAUGAUUUCUUGCUUGGCGCAGAGUGCGAGGCAGGAUGAAGCUUUGGCACUUUUUCAGGAAAUGAGAGAGCUGGGGUUCCAACCUGAUGAGGCUACUGUGGUUAUUGUGUUGCCUAUUUGUGCUCAUUUAGGGGCUGCUGAUGUUGGGCAAUGGAUUCAUUCUUAUGCUGAAUCAAGUAGGCUUUAUCAAAAAGUGGUUUCUGUGGGAAAUGCAUUGGUUGAUUUCUAUAGUAAAUGUGGAAAUUUGGAAACCGCCCUUCAGAUUUUCAAGGAUAUGCCUUGUAAAUAUGUUGUGUCGUGGAACGUGAUGAUCUCUGGUCUGGCUUUUAAUGGGAAGGGGGAGCUUGGGGUGAAGUUGUUUGAGGAGAUGAUGAACAAAGGUGAGAUGCCUAAUGAUGCGACUUUUAUAGGGGUGCUAACAUGCUGUGCUCAUGCAGGGUUGGUUGAAAAAGGGCAAGAGUUGUUUGCUUCAAUGAGCAAAAUUUACUACAUUGAUCCUAAACUUGAGCAUUAUGGAUGCAUGGUUGACCUCCUUGCACGCAGCGGAUGUGUGAGAAUGGCUUAUGACCUGAUUACAAGCAUGCAUAUUGCACCAAAUGCUACUUUAUGGGGUGCUUUGCUCAGUGCUUGUCGUACUCAUGGUGAAUUACAGCUUGCAGAACUUGCUGUUAAGGAGCUUAUGAAUCUUGAACCAUGGAAUUCGGGUAAUUAUGUAUUGUUGUCAAAUAUUUAUGCAGAGGAAGGGAGAUGGGAUGAAGUCGAUAAGAUAAGAGUACUGAUGAGGGAAAAAAGUGUCAAGAAAGCAAUGGGACAAAGCGCAACAGGGUGAUUAUACCAUCUUUGUAGACUAUGGUUUUGAGAAUUAUAAAAUCUGAAUUUGUCUUCCUUUCCCUCCUUGUAAACUGUACAGUCUUGGUAGGCACCAGAAAAGUCGGAAUUCCCAGGAAGGAUUGAUCUAAUCCUGAUUCAUUAAUAGAGGGGAGCUGAAUCCUCUUCAGAUUAAUUACUUCACUUGGAAAUUUGCAAGGUACACUGCACUUAUUUGAAUGGGACACAAACUUUGAGGAAAUUUUAUUUCAUGGACCAAAGUUUAUGAAAACGAGAAGGAAUACUACUAGUCUCUUCUGCUUCUAUAAAUUAGUAAUCUUCCAAUCUCCCCUGCAUCCUAACCUUCCAACAAUCUCCUAUUUAGCCUUUUUUAUUACAUUCCAGUACUCAAGCUUGCAGUUGAAGAAGAGCAAAUAUCGUAAAGGAGCGAAGAUGGAAAGGAAGAGUUGCUGCGGAAGUAGCUAUGUGUCGAGAUCAUGUGUCUCGACAACAAAGAAGGAACCUGCUGUGGUGACUCCGAAGAAGGAGGAAGAUGUGAAACCAGAAAUCCCCAAGGGAAAUGAUCAGGCUGCUGUUCCUGCUACUGUGGUGAAACCUCCAAAGGUCGAAGAGAAAGAGCCUGUUAAGGCCAAGUUUGGUAGCGGUGGAUGUAACUAGUCAAAAUUAAGUCUGGAAAAUGUAUUCUGGGGUGGUGGGGAGUUCAUUACAUAUGAUUUUAUAGGUUUAACAAUUUCUCAUUAUGUAAUACCCCUCAGACAAUAAAUAGCAAUUUUAGCUUACUCUCUCUCUCUCUCUCUGUGUGAGUGUUCCAAUUUCAUUAUUCAAAAACCUGUUAAUAUUUGUUUCUGCGAAGUUGGAGGGUAAGAGAUCUGAAAUUGUUCAUGUCAAUGUAACAGUAACUUCAUUAAACCUACAUUUCACUGGAUUGUUAUUCAAUCAUUUCAAUAUUAUAUAGUAAAACACAAAAACAGCAUGAAGAAACAACGAAUGAUGUACAAUUAAAUGAUCUCACUUAUUUUAAUUUUGUCAAAGUUUUGCUGCUGCAAUUAGGACCAUUGUCCACAAACGCAUGUUACUUCUGCAACAAUCAGCAAUGAUGAAAGGAAACGAGCAAUCAUUUCCCACGCCUGCCCUUCCUUUUUGAUCUAAUACUUGUUACUUUUAUAACCGGAAACAACCCAUCCGAUUAUAUAUAAACAUCACCAGCUUAUCUCUCCCUGCAAAAACUAUAUCAUAACACCAUGGAGGUUGUUGAAUUCAAGGUACGUUUGCACUGCAAAUCCUGUGAGAAAGCUGUCCGCAAAUCCUUGCUCAAGAUCAAUGGCGUAAAAUGCGUGGAGAUAGACAUGAUGUCGAGUAAGAUCACGGUGUUAGGGUAUGUAGACUGUAAAGCUGUGGUGAAGGCCAUACAUAAGACGGGGAGGAGAGCAGAGGCAUGGCCAUCAGCAGCACCAUCAUGCCGCCGUCCGGAGGACUACUUCAGUCCCAGACUUCCUAAAGGGUUCAGAUGCAUUAUUCCUCGAUGGGGUUUGCCAAAAGUUUGAAAAAGUAGUAGUAAUAAUGUUCUCUUAGUUAUCUUAACCUGCAAGCAAAGUAAGGCCGCACUAGGGAUCUCCAAUAAAUACAAAGAGUUUCCAUUGAUGAGCUGUUACAAGAUC